UUUGGUGUUCUGGUUUUUUGCUUUUUUGUUUCUUGGUUUUUUCGUUUUUUUGUUUUUCUGUUUUUCCGUUCUCGUUCUCGUUCUCGUUCUCGUUCUCGUUCUCGUUCUCGUUCUCGUUCUCGUUCUCGUUCUCGUUCUCGUUCUCGUUCUCGUUCUCGUUCUCGUUCUCGUUCUCGUUCUCGUUCUCGUUCUCGUUCUCGUUCUCGUUCUCGUUCUCGUUCUCGUUCUCGUUCUCGUUCUCGUUCUCGUUCUCGUUCUCGUUCUCGUUCUCGUUCUCGUUCUCGUUCUCGUUCUCGUUCUCGUUCUCGUUCUCGUUCUCGUUCUCGUUCUCGUUCUCGUUCUCGUUCUCGUUCUCGUUCUCGUUCUCGUUCUCGUUCUCGUUCUCGUUCUCGUUCUCGUUCUCGUUCUCGUUCUCGUUCUCGUUCUCGUUCUCGUUCUCGUUCUCGUUCUCGUUCUCGUUCUCGUUCUCGUUCUCGUUCUCGUUCUCGUUCUCGUUCUCGUUCUCGUUCUCGUUCUCGUUCUCGUUCUCGUUCUCGUUCUCGUUCUCGUUCUCGUUCUCGUUCUCGUUCUCGUUCUCGUUCUCGUUCUCGUUCUCGUUCUCGUUCUCGUUCUCGUUCUCGUUCUCGUUCUCGUUCUCGUUCUCGUUCUCGUUCUCGUUCUCGUUCUCGUUCUCGUUCUCGU